AAGAUCACAACUCCACCUCUAGGGUUUAGCUUCAACCCCCUUUUGGCGUUCUAAAGUGUGUAGGGGUUUUCAGCUUUUUUGGAGCGUAAACAAUGGCGCAAGCGACAACGGCGACAGGGAAUGCGAUAGCGAAGCGGAAGCCGGUGUUCAUCAAGGUCGACCAGUUGAAGCCCGGCACGCAAGGCCACACGCUUAUUGUCAAGGUUGUAAGCUCCAAGCCCGUCAAGGUCGCCAACAACAAGCCUGGCCGAUCAUCGAUGCUUCUCUCUCGCCCUCACCAACCUACUCGUAUCGCCGAGUGCCUCGUCGGCGACGAGACUGGGACCAUCGUCUACACUGCUCGCAAUGAACAAGUUGAUAUCAUGAAUCCAGGCUCCACUGCAAUCCUUCGGAAUGCAAAGAUUGACAUGUUUAAAGGUUCUAUGAGGCUAGCUGUUGAUAAAUGGGGACGUGUUGAAGCUGCCGAACCUGCUAAUUUUGAAGUUAAAGAGGAUAACAAUCUUUCUCUAGUCGAGUAUGAACUAGUUAAUGUCAUUGAAGAAUGAUUGUAUCUUGUGGAAGUAAUGUUUUGACAUUAGGGGUUUGAUUUAUGUUUGCUGGCAGUGAACUGUUAUCUGGGUUCCAAUUUUUAUAUGUGGUAUGCAAGUCUUGCUGAAGCUGUUUUUAUCCCUAA